AUGAUGGAUCAAGUGCCUGAGACUCCUGAAGUUGAAAUUCCAAAAGAAGAAGAAAUCCUUCAGUCUAUUGAAAUCUCGAAGCCUGCUGAUAUAAAGCUUGUUGAACCAAUGUCUUUACCACAGGUUACUUCAACAACUGAUUCUCCUACAUUCCAAUCCAUUAUGGAUCAACCUUUCACUACAAUCUUUUCAACACAAUCAACCGAUCCACCAAAUCCAUCAUCACCUGUUGCUGAAACAAUGGCGAUUGAUGAGGAAACUGACAACGAAGGGUUUGGAGGAACAUUCGAAGCUCUUUCCUUUGACGAAGCAGAAGAGGAUUUUCCGGACCAUAUGCUGAUGACGAUGAAGCAGUUCAAGAUAUUGAAUUCAAAAUUGAAUUCUAUCUUGCAAUCUCAAGCGAAUGUAGGAAGUACUGGAAUCAAUAUCUUGGAAGUUGAUUCUCUUAUGAAGGAAAUGGGCAAGGUGCUAGUUAUUACGAAGGAGCGUCAUGUGCUCUUCGUACAGGAAGUGAAGAAGGUUCGAGAAGAUGUUAAUAUGCAGAUUCGUGAACUUCGUGAAGAAAUGAUGAAGGAAGUUCAACAUAUUCAACAGGGAUAUGAAUCAACACAUCAGAAGAUCGAUAUCAUUUGUGAUGCAGUUGUUCAAUGUGUCAAGAUGUUCGAACCAGUGAAUCCUCAGAUGAUCUCUCUUUCAGCCACAGAAGAACAACAUUUCGGAGAGUUGGUGAAGCUGCUGAAAGAACUCAAAGAAAUUUCUUCGAAAUCAUCUUCUCCGAUUAUCUCUCAAGAAUUUCUUUCCCAGAAAUUUGUUCAUUUCGAAGCCAUUCUUCAAAAACAUCUUACUCCAUUACUUCGAAUCUCAAGCCUUUUACCGAACGUUUCAGAUGCCCCACCUACUGUCACAGGGGUGCAAGGGGGAGAAAAGAGAAUUCCUUUGUACUCUGUAAAAUCAAAAGCAUAA